AUGAGCAGCGAAACUAGGGAGAUCAUCAGGCGGGAGACGAAGAACAUCGUCUCCUCUGGUGGGGGGCGCGGUGGAAUACGAUCGCCAUCCUACAUCAAUGUCUAUCUACGUGAGCUGCAGGACAAUCCUCUGCGGACCAAAAUGCUCACGUCCGGCGCCCUUUCGGCUCUACAAGAAGUCCUCGCCUCGUUCAUCGCCGGCGACCGCAACCGCCACGGCUCCUACUUCACGCCGCGCGUCCCGAAGAUGGCCGUCUACGGCUCGCUGAUCUCAGCGCCGCUGGGUCACAUCCUGAUCACUGCGCUCCAGAAGGCGUUCGCGGGCAAAACCUCGACCAAGGCCAAGAUCAUGCAGAUAUUGGUUUCCAACCUCGUGGUGUCGCCGAUCCAGAACACGGUCUACCUCGCAUGCAUGGCGGUGAUCGCUGGAGCGCGUAGCCUCCACCAGAUCCAGGCGACAGUCAGCGCCGGGUUCCUGCCCGUCAUGCGCGUCGCCUGGUGCACCAGCCCGAUCGCGCUCAUCGUGGCGCAGAAGUUCCUGCCGCCUCAUGCCUGGGUGCCCUUCUUCAACCUGGUUGCAUUCGUGAUUGGCACGUACAUCAACGCCACCACGAAGAAGAAGAGGAUCGCAGCCAUGAAGAAGAAGAAGGUGCGUGCGGGUGCCGAGGCGACCACCACUGCCCGCGUCGGGCAUCAGAGGGUCGAUAUUGACAGCAAGCAGUAUUUCGACAAGAAGGACGAUAGAGACUACUAUGUCCGGAAGGACUAG